AUGACGCACCAUGCUAUUUUCACAAUUUUCUUGCAUUUUUUUAUUUUUUUUAUUUUACUUGCCUUGUUUGGCAACCGUGGACAAGGUUUUUCGGAACGUCUGUAUUUAUUUAGAUAUAUGACUCAGGACAUUGUAAUAUUAGUACAAGUGACUCAAUCCUUCGUGAUAAGUGAAGGUCUGUUCGGCUGCCAGGCACGGCCAGUUUUUGGCGCCAAUUAG